AUGGGGUGGACGAAAACAGUAAGCACACUUUCUUCAAAAAGACAAGUGCUACUAAAAAUGAAAAUUGGACAGUUGAUAGUAGAUGCAGAAUUUAAAGAACUUGAUGAAUUAGAGAAGAUAAAUACCACUAUUACAUAUAAAGAGUCAACUCGUACAAACGUAAGUAACUGUUCAAAUUAUAUGACACAGAAUGAAGCCAUCAAUACAGGUCCCGGUUAUAAUACGUCACACUGUGAACAGCUAUACCCUUCUUGUAGUAUUAGACGCGUACUGGUCGAUAAUUAUGUUCGCGACGUAAGCGCGGACGACGGCGACGGCGGUAGCAGAAAACGUGACGUCGCGACGUAA